AUUCUCUCUCUCACCAGCAGCAGCCGACCGAGCAAAGGCAACUUGUUGUUUGAUAAGUAUUGUUCGCCCAAGAACAAUUACGCGCAUCAAAAACUUUCGUAUCCUUCCCCCGCGCCCGCGUCGCCGUUCUCCCAUACACCUUCUCUUUUCUCAUUCUUCUCUUUCUUUCUACAUAUUCUGUCCUGGCAUUUGCUUAAUACCAAUUUUUAUCAUCGACGUUCCUUUUCGGGUCAUGUAUCAGCCUUGACCUCAAAACAGUCCAAACGCCCUUCACCCCAUCACCUCGGCAUUGGCAACAGCUUCCACAGACUGACAGGACUUAUUGACUGUCCGACCACUUUCGGUCUCCUCGUUGAGCUCGAAUCGGCAGGGCCCGUAACGUAAUCUAGUCCAAAGCAAAGCCCCGAGUUAGUAGAGCCGGCCGGCUCGCCGCUUCUCAUCGCCCUCGACACCAUGGCUUCCUCGACGGGUGCCGGGACAUACGACGACUCGCCCUCGCCCUCGCCUCCUCCCCUUUCUCCUCCUUCUCCUCUUUCUCCCCCCUCCGGCGCCGCCUGGCAGGACGCCCGCGUGCCGCUCAAGCCCUUCCUCGCCGGCCAGCCCAAGUCGCUCUCGGGCAUCGCCCUGCGCGCCUUUUGUCUCGGCCUCGCCGCCGCCGCCAGCGCCGUCGCCACCGUCCUCCUCCUGCUGCUGGCGGGCGACUCCCCCGCCUGGCGCCUGCCCUUCUUCGUCCUCGCCCUCGCCGUCUUCCACUUCCUCGAGUUCUGGACCACGGCCGAAACCAACACCCCCGCCGCCUGCAUCGACAGCUUCCUCCUCACCGCCAACUGGCCCGCCUACGCCGUCGCCCACUCGGCCGCCUUUGCCGAGUGCCUGCUCGUCUGCCUCUUCGCCCCGGGUCGCGACUGGGCGCCCCUGCACGCAGGACCCCUGCUGCUCGCGCUGGGGCUCGCCAUGGUGCUCGUCGGCCAGGCGGUGCGCUCCGUCGCCAUGCUGCAAGCCGGCGUCAGCUUCAACCACUACGUGCAGACGGACAGGGCCGCGUCGCACACCCUCGUCACCAGCGGCAUGUACAGCGUCCUGCGCCAUCCGAGCUACUUUGGCUUCUUCUACUGGGGGCUGGGCACGCAAUUGGUGCUCGGAAAUGUCGUUUGCUUCUUUGUCUACGCGGCAGUGUUAUGGCAGUUCUUCAGUGCGAGGAUCCGCUUCGAGGAGAAGAAGCUGGUGCAAUUCUUCCAGCAAGACUAUGUUCAAUACCGGCAGAGGGUAGGGACAAAGAUCCCCUUCAUCCCCUGAACUUCGAUGCCCCGAAGACUCUUACGGCCACGGGAGACACAGUAUUGGCGAGGGGAUGAGGAGAGCAUUGUACCUGAUUUCGUCACGGGGAGAGUUCUUUGGAAGUGAGGCCAACCAUGCCCUUCCUCAUCAAUUAUACCACCAAAGCUUUUCCAUUGUCCAAAAGAUUGAGAGGCCGUCAUGGUCAAGAUUGCUACUUGCCCACCAUUUGUGGCAUUUGUCGGCUCACACUCCCAUACUUGGCCUGCCACGCAUAAAAAUACAUGAGCGCGGCAAAUGGCUGUCCAAAGAUGGUAAAGGAAACCCAGAAUAUGACGUUGCCGAUGAGCUUGCCGCCCUUGCCGAGUUUCAUCUUCUCAAGUGGCGCAGUGAGCGCGAUGAGGGGGAGCUGCAAGAACAUGCCCAGGAAAGCAACGCCUGCGAGUGGUCAGCACCACCGCUAUGUAUAUAGUUUCCCGAGGCAUGACUUACCAAUGAUGUUAUGCGUAGGGACUCCGACCAAAAUCUCGUGAAGCACAGCCGAGACGAAAAAGACGACAAAGCUCGCCGUCGAAGCACUCCAACCUCGUCCAAUCAUUGGCAUAUAUACAUGGCGCUUAAAAUAGGUGUAUACCGGCUUGUUCCACGUCCGCCAGUACGCGCCCAGGCUCU